AUGUCAAAAUCAACGCGCCGUAGUCAGCGUCAGGCAGGCCCUUCCGCUGCGUCCACGCCUUCUAGAAAUGUGUUCUCCGGAGAAGACGCCCUGGAAUUCCUCUUCAACUAUCGGCCUAAAUUUAUCAAACCGGAGGGUUUUGAGGGCAGUGAGGGCACCCGCGAUCCUGCGCAGUACGACAUGCAUAUGCAUUCCCAGUUACUUCUCAAAGACGUCGUACUUUUCCCGGACAUGCUCCAGCAACUAGCUGGCGUCGUUGACUCCAAGCUCCGCCCUUCGACUGGAAGCACUAGAAAUCUACCUCAAGUGCCCGGUUCCGAUGAUCUCUAUCCACAACGUGUUCGCCUACGUUUGGGGGCAAACGGAGGCUUCACAAUAGGCCCCGAGGCCGAUCUUCAGCGCGAAUAUCGUCACCUACAGAAGCUCUCCUCCCUGGUUGCCUCGACUCUAUUCGCUGGUCUUGAUCAAUGGUCAAGCAUUUUCCGAUACAGUGAUAACCCUAUAUCCAUGAUGCCUUGCGCUCUGGCGGAUGGAUAUCUCUCGCUUGACAAAGAUGCCAUAGCAAAGGCCAAACUUCCCAAAGGUCUCGACAGUGAUAUUCAGCUCGUCAUUGAGAUGGGCUUGUCUGACUUCCUGUUCUGGGAGUUCAAGAGUAUGAACGCAGGGAGAGAAGGAGUUAUGCGGGCUAUCAGUCAUUUGGCCGGAUCAGAGUUUCCUUGGGUUCGCUGCCCUACAAUCCGGAGUUGUCCGGGUGGACGGUUUUGCAAGAAGCCGAAUAACAGGUUCCAGUUCACCGUCACGGGCCAUAAAACGGGCAUGGAUGGAGGUAUCUUGGAGGAUGCCAAAGGCGUCAAAUCUGGUGUCUCCAACAGAAGUAUGUUCAGGUUUGAUAAAUCUAAUAUCGAUUUCUCUGUAGCCUCCGCGCCAAACACAAGCGAAUGGAAGUUCAAAAGUGGUGAAAGAAAAACACCGAAGAGGACCAAAAGGAAACCAAAGUUAGGUGAUGGAUCAGAUGAAGUCGAGGGAGGCAAUAGUGAAGAUGAAUGUGAAGCCAGUGGAGGUGUCGAUGACGGUUCUGGGCAUAGGCUUUCGUUUAACAAAGGCGACUUCACAAAGGCGUUGAAAAUUAUCCAACAGGUAUGGGCCGAAGCUGUCAACGUCGAUGCAACUUUCAUGGUUUUGAAUGCCGGGAGCCGAGAAUUCAUUGGCAUACGGGAUCGAAAAUUGCAACGUCUCUACCUGUCGCCGCUUAUAGAUCUAGACGACCCCAGUAGUCUCCCAGCAGGUUACUUCAAGAUCCAUACUGGCCUACAAAUUGCGGCGCUCCACGAUGUGAUUCUUCGUGCGAAACGGUUGAAAGCGCUCUCACGCCUUCCCAAGCUUUACACACUCGAAUAUGGCCGCGGAGAACCAUAUCAAGACAAGGCGCCAAACACCGCAAAGACGCCGAAGCCUUCCGAGUCUGCGACGACUCCAAAGGAAGCAAAAGCCGAGAUUUCGGCCCACGCCAAUGAGGAUAACGACGACUAUUGCUCAGGAAGCGAAAUAACUUUAACUCCAGAGGAGCAACAGCUUUUCCAGCGACUGCGAGAAGCAGACUCCUUGAAGAUUUCAUGGAAAACGUAUAUCGAACGUUUGGGACCAGCGAGCAGUAUGACAGUAACACGAUCAAAUGCAAGUCCUCCGAACGACACAGAAAUGGAAGUGCAUGUGAUGGAUCAUUAUUCGAAAAGCACUCAUUCCUAUUAUUGUUACGUCGACAAUGGUCAAACUGCCGUACGGGGAAUCGUUAUCAAGUUCAGUCGACUUAGGCAAGAAAGAAUCGGCCUUCGGAAUGAAUUCGAUAUGUAUACCAAAUUGCGGAAGAUAGGAACCAUCGCUCAAAGCCUUGGUAUACCCCAAUAUUUUGGACUCUACAAGCACCGGGACAGUACGGUUCUCGUGCUUUUGGAUAGUGGCGAUUCGGUUCCCGCAAAAUUCAAAAACCGUACUCCCAAUGAUGUCUAUUCUCAGGUUCAAAAAGCGGUCCAAACAAUGCACUCUAUAAGGAUCACUCACGGAAGCCUUACUCCGGAGAAUAUUCUUGUCACAAGGAAUGGGCGAGAAAAGAAGAGCCAGUGGAACAUCCACAUGAUUAGCUGGAAAAAUGCUUGCGACCAUCGACUCUUGUCGGCAAGAAAGAAUAGCCUUGUAAAGGAAAGAUCGGAAGGGCCAUGGAGACUGAGCAGUCGAUCCAAGGUUCUUACUCCGUCCUUAUCUAAGAUAGAUGAAACCGGCG